AUGUCUGUGCUCAUCAACGAGGAGAUCGAAUUCACUGCCGAAUUUUUUGACGAAGAUUAUCAUCAAGUUUUGAACAAUUGCCAGCGGGAAAGAGAGGAACUAUUACUCGAUGUCGAAACGAACCUAACGAAGAUGGAGCGGCUCGGAUCUCUUCGAAAAGAGUGUGGCAAGGAUAUAGAAUUAGUUUUCGUCGACGCUCCCCAUAUCAUCCAACCGACUGAUAUACGUGCCAACGCGUCACAAACUGAGCUUGGAGCCUUUAGUCCCACUGAUGACCAGCCUAGAAGGUGGUAUAAUGUGUAUCGUGACCUCACUAGAGCUAUCGGACUGGAAGAAUCUCUGAGCAUCACGAGAGACACUUCGAUGCUCAGAGAUAUUCUCAAGCCGAGGACGUUUGAUGUAUGA